CAGAACAGGCGUGGUGCUAAUUAUCCUGUCAUUCAGAGGAUAAAUUUAAACCACAACCAUGGAUGGGUUUUACACAAAGGCAGUUCAUUUUUAUGAUGAAGUUUUUGCCAAGAAAGAUCCAAGGGUGGAUGACUGGUUCAUGAUGUCAUCACCGCUUCCAAGCAUAGUCAUCUGCAUUCUGUAUGUGAUUAUCAUCAAGCUGGGUCCAUGGAUCAUGAAAGACAGGCAGCCACUUGGUUUAAGGAACGUCAUGCUUGCUUACAACUUUGUCAUGGUUCUACUCUCCACAUUUUGUUUUGUAGAGUUUGGAGUGGCGGGCUGGUUCACGGGGUAUUCAUUUGGCUGUGAGGAGGUCGACUACUCCAAUUCUCCCAAAGCCUUACGGAUGGCCAAUGUAUGCUGGUGGUUUUACAUGUCAAAGUUCAUAGAAUUACUGGAUACUAUCUUCUUUGUGAUGAGGAAGAAGUUUAACCAGUGCUCCUUUCUCCAUGUCUUCCAUCACGCCAUCAUGCCUGCCUCAUGGUGGUUUGGGGUCAGAUUUGUACCAGGAGGUUUUGGUACGUUCCACGCCCUGCUGAACUCCUUCAUCCACCUGGUCAUGUACACUUACUACUUCAUGGCCGCCCUGGGACCCAGAUACCAGAAAUACCUCUGGUGGAAAAAAUACAUGACCAAGAUGCAAAUUAUCCAGUUUAUCCUGGUUACGGUCCACUCAGUGCAGCUCCUCUGGAUGAAGGACUGUCGCUACCCACGCCUGUUCGCGUACUGGAUACUCGCCUAUGCUGUCAUCUUCCUCGUUAUGUUUGCCAAUUUCUACAUCCAGGCAUAUAAAAAGAAACCCGGUACCAGCUUCGAGUCCCAUACCAAUGGGAAACAGAAGAAACAUUGA